AUGCCUUUUGGUGCUUUGGGGGGUUUGAAGGAACAGGUGCUAAAGCCUGGAAAAGAAGAUGUGAAGAGUACAGUUGGAAAUUCGUUAGGCAAACUGCAAAGGAAAAUAGAUGGCAGCAAUGUAGAGGAGGAGAACCACAUUGAACUGACCGAAGAUGGUCGUCCGGUGGCGUCCACGUCUCGCCCUGCUCCGCUGUUGGACUGCAGCUGUGGAGGUCUUCCCAAGCGUUACAUCCUCGCCAUCCUCAGUGGUCUGGGUUUCUGCAUUUCCUUUGGCAUUCGUUGUAACCUUGGUGUAGCAAUUGUGGAGAUGGUGAACAACAAUACAGUCUAUAUUAAUGGAACUGAAGUAAUUCAGAAAGCACAGUUUAACUGGGAUCCAGAGACCGUUGGACUGAUCCAUGGAUCCUUCUUCUGGGGCUACAUUGUCACUCAAAUCCCUGGUGGUUUCAUCUCCAACAAGCUGUCUGCCAACAGGGUUUUCGGAGCUGCCAUUUUCUUAACGUCAGUGCUGAAUAUGUUCAUUCCGUCUGCAGCAAGAGUGCAUUAUGGCUGUGUCAUGUUUGUUCGCAUCCUGCAGGGAUUGGUUGAGGGAGUCACUUACCCAGCAUGUCAUGGAAUGUGGUCAAAAUGGGCCCCACCUCUUGAGCGUAGUCGACUGGCCACAACAUCCUUCUGCGGAUCCUACGCAGGAGCUGUGAUCGCUAUGCCUUUGGCUGGAGUGAUGGUACAGUACGUUGGCUGGCCGUCAGUGUUUUACAUCUACGGUGUUUUUGGCAUCAUAUGGUAUGUCCUAUGGCUCCUGUUGGCAUAUGGGAGUCCUGCAGUGCAUCCAACCAUUACGGAUGAAGAAAGGAUAUACAUUGAGUCCACCAUCGGUGAAACCAUCCAUCAUCUGAGUAUGGCUGAGAAAUUCAAGACACCAUGGCGUCGGUUCUUUACGUCCAUGCCGGUGUACGCCAUCAUUGUGGCCAACUUCUGCCGCAGCUGGACCUUUUAUCUGCUUCUCAUCAGCCAACCGGCAUAUUUUGAAGAGGUCUUUGGUUUCCCCAUCAGCAAGGUGGGGAUUCUGUCUGCUGUGCCCCACAUGGUGAUGACUAUUGUCGUUCCCAUUGGAGGACAGCUGGCGGACUUUCUACGCAGUAACAAAAUCCUGACUACUACAAAUGUGAGAAAACUCAUGAACUGUGGAGGAUUUGGUAUGGAGGCUACUUUUCUGCUGGUGGUUGGAUUUUCACACACCCGAGCAGUAGCCAUCUCCUUCCUGGUGCUUGCUGUUGGCUUCAGUGGAUUUGCCAUCUCAGGUUUUAAUGUCAAUCAUCUGGACAUUGCUCCUCGCUAUGCCAGUAUCUUAAUGGGCAUAUCCAAUGGGGUGGGAACACUGUCUGGAAUGGUGUGUCCCCUGAUUGUUGGUGCCCUGACCAUACACAAGACUCGACUGGAGUGGCAGAAUGUCUUUGUUAUAGCAUCGAUGGUGCACUACUCAGGGGUCAUCUUCUAUGCUAUCUUUGCCUCGGGAGAACAACAGGACUGGGCCAACCCCGAAAGUACCAGUGAGGAGAAAUGCGGCUUUGUUGAGGAGGACGAACUGGCUGAAGAGUCUGAGCUCAAUAGCGAGAGCCUGGCGGCCCCCAAAAAGAGUUACGGAACAACGGCUGGUGAAGUGGGUCGGAAACACGACUGGAAAAAGAAAAGAGGGGUGACCAUGCAAGAAGAAGAAGAGCAUUACGCUAAUGGGGACUAUCAGGAUGGAUACCAGUAAAAUGCCCUGGGGGGUUAAAGACGUUCACAC